UGUUCACACGUAAACGAGAAACUGUUUACAUUCAGUGCCGUAUAGACGUAUCUUCAGAUCAUGUCGUUCAACUAUUACCCGAAGAAUUUUCGCGCCAACGGCUGGGGUUGGCACCGCGGGAAUAGCGCGGCGAAAGCGGUCCGCGGUUUUUUGAAUAGGGAACGGGAUGGCGAACAUAGCAGUGAACCGUUAGUUGGGAAUGGUUUAUACCCAACACUACCUUCUGACGACGAUAGUUCGUUCACUGGUGUGCGUUUGUACCCGGCUUUACCAGUGGAAGAGUAUGAAAGUGGUGCUGUUGAAGAGGUGGUUGAAGAGGCGUGUGCAGCUGUCAACGUGAAUGUGGCGCUCGGUGAAUCCCGCCCCUCGUCAUUCGGUCCAGCAACAUACCAGGACUUCAAGGAGAUAAGAUCCCAGUGUUUGGCUGAAGGAAGACUGUUCGACGACCCGGAGUUCCCUGCCACCGAUCGUAGUUUGUACUAUAAGGAGAGAUUGGAUCGGCCUAUCACGUGGUUGAGACCUCGGGAGAUAUGCGACGACCCUCAGCUCUUCGUGGAAGGCUACAGUCGGUUCGAUGUCCAGCAAGGGGAAUUGGGUGACUGUUGGCUGCUGGCAGCCGUCGCGAAUCUUACUUUGUAUAGGAAAUUGUUCUUCCAAGUGGUGCCGGAUGACCAGAGCUUCGAUGAAGAUUACGCGGGGGUCUUCCACUUUCGUUUCUGGCAAUAUGGCCGAUGGGUGGACGUAGUGAUCGACGAUCGUCUGCCAACGUACAGGGGCAAGCUUGUGUUCCUGCAUUCUUCCGAAAGGAACGAGUUUUGGAGCGCACUGCUCGAGAAGGCGUAUGCCAAACUGCACGGUUCAUACGAAGCCCUUAAGGGUGGGUCAACAUGCGAAGCAAUGGAGGACUUCACGGGCGGUGUGACCGAAAUGUAUGAAAUGACCGAAUUGCCGCCUAAUUUCUAUACUAUAUUGUUGAAAGCGUAUGAGAGGAAUUCGCUGAUGGGGUGCAGUAUUGAGCCGGACCCGAACAUUCUAGAAGCGGAAACACCAGUAGGUCUAAUCCGUGGUCACGCAUACUCCGUGACAAGAGUCAAAUAUGUGGACAUAGAGACACCGGGUCGAGCGGGGAAGAUACCUUUGCUGCGUUUGCGCAACCCGUGGGGCAACGAGGCUGAAUGGAACGGACCUUGGAGUGAUAAAUCACCAGAAUGGCGUUUCAUACCAGAGUCUGAGAAAGAGGAAUUGGGCCUCACGUUCGAUGAUGAUGGUGAAUUUUGGAUGUCUUUCAAGGACUUUUGUCAGCAUUUCGAUAGAGUGGAAAUUUGUAACUUGAAUCCAGAUUCUCUGGACCCAGAAGAAUGUCCCGAAGGUUGCACUAAGAAAUGGGAGAUGUCCGUCUUCGAGGGGGAGUGGGUUCGAGGUGUAACUGCGGGUGGUUGCAGAAACUAUCUGGAGAGCUUCUGGAAAAAUCCACAAUAUACCGUCACUUUGAAGGACGUGGACGAAGGCGAUGACGAGAAUAAGUGUACUAUAAUCGUAGCGCUCAUGCAGAAGAACCGUCGCUCCCAGCGACACCAAGGGCUCGAGUGUCUAACCAUAGGUUUCGCGGUAUAUCGCCUACCGGACUAUGGCCACGUGCCCAAACCGCUAGACGUGAACUUCUUCAAGUACAACGCGUCCGUGGGCAGGUCGCAGGCGUUCAUUAAUCUACGAGAAGUUAGCGCUAGAUUCAAGUUCGAGCCGGGCCAUUACGUCAUAGUUCCAUCAACGUUCGACCCGAAUGAAGAAGGGGAGUUCUUACUGCGUGUCUUCUCUGAGAAGAGUAAUAAUAUGGCUGAAAACGACGAAGAUGUUGGAAUGGGUGACGUUGAUGACAGGGUGAAAGAAAUCCUCCCCGCCGAGCCUGAACCCGCUGACCCCGUACGUCAAUUCUUCACUCGUCUCGCCGGUGAUGAUGGGGAAGUCGACUGGCAGGAGCUAAAGGAGAUAUUGGAUUAUGCUAUGAGAGAAGAACUGGCAAUGCGCCACGGCGCUGCGUACGACGGGGGAGGAACUGUGGGAGGUGUUGCCUCCACACCGGCACAAGAGCAAAACUGCCUAGAGCUGCUCCUGUGUGCGCUGUGUACGCCGAUAUGCAAGGAGCUCGGUGUGGACUUGCAGCAGGUGGCCGGGCAGGGGCAGGGGCAGGAGCACGUGCAACUGACGCAGCCGCAGCCGCAGACAGAACUACACGGUCAGGGCUUCUCGAAGGAUGUGUGCAGGAGCAUGAUAGCUAUGCUCGAUAAGGACAACUCGGGAGGCCUGGGCUUUGAGGAGUUCAAAUCGCUGUGGAUCGACUUGCGUAAAUGGAGGGCGGUAUUCCGUCUGUACGACACGGAGGGUCGCGGCGCGAUCCCGGCGCAGCACUUGCGGGACGCGCUGCACUCGGCCGGCUACACGGUCAACGCGCACGUGCUCAACGUGCUCGCGCACAGAUACGGCUCCCACGACGGUUACAUACAGUUCGAUGACUUCAUAAUGUGUGCUGUGCGACUCAAGACUAUGAUCGCAAACAAUGAGCCGCUCGAGAACCUAGAACGCGAGCUGGCGGUGCCGUGAGCGACGCGCGGACACACGAACAAAAACCUUCAAUGGGAGAUCAUCGGGCGGUGAAUACGCUACGUUUUCACUCGACGAAUGGCUAAAUCGCACAGUCUACUCGUAGACAAACGCCUUAAUAACGCUACGUGUAUACGCGGCCUAAAUGUCCAUAAUGUUUGAGAUUUAAUUAGAAGUUUUUUUUAUAAGUAAAGUCUAUCAUCUAUGGUCCUUAUUCUUAUUAUCUUGGCUUUAAAAUCUUAAUUUUCAAAAUUUAUACAUUAAUUAAAGUCUAAUUGAAUCUCACACAAUUAAUUAUACAAAAACUAAGUCACAAAUUUUAUUCGUACAUUUAUAUUGGUGUUGUGACAUUUUUAUAAUACGGGUAUUCACAUUUUUCAAAGUAUUUUCAUAUUUUUCGCUAUAAAAAAAUCAUGAACGCAGUAUUUUUGUAUCCACCGAGUCUUCAUUCCAUAAAAACUAUAUUUUUAAUCUAUAACAAUUAUUGUCUUAAGUUGCUGUGCGAUUAGCUUGAACAGAUUACCUAUAUAACAAAUAAACAGAUAUGAGAUAAAAGUGUAUGUUACAAAAUAAAUUGUAUUUCUAUAUGUUGCGAUGACAAUGCAUUUUAUUUGCUAUUUUUUAUUUAUGAAUUUUUAUGUAUCAGAUCUGAAUAAAUAUGUUAUUAAAA